CAACUGCUUCUGUGCUCUGUGUCUACAGCAGGCCGUGCCACCUAAAGGGGGUAUCAUGCCUCGAUCAGCGUUUGAGGUGUCCACCUUGCUUGGUGUCAACACUAGACAGGUGAGCACCAUCGCCGUGGUUAGCGCUGGCGAUCGCAUGUUUCUGGGGACCGGGGACGGCAGCCUGACAGCUCACGAGUGCCGGGGGGACACGCCGAACGCUUUGAAAGCCAGCUCUUUCGAGUGCCGCGAGGUGGACAGUCUCCGCAAAGGCCUCAGCUCGGACCGAAGGCCGGUGCUUGAUCUCCUUGCCGUUGAAGCGUGGCGAGCGCUGCUGGGGUUGCUGGAUGGCCAGUUGACGGCGUACGACAUGUACACCUACCGCCCGUUAGCAAGCGUCCCCUCUACGAGGGGGGCAUCCUGCUUCUGCGUGGACGAGGAGCGACGACUGGUGUUCGUGGCCAACAAGAAGCGCCUUCAGGUGUUGGCAUGGCAAGCGGUCAGCCUCGCCCCUAGAAGGGACUUCCCUCUCCCGGAGACUCCGAGAAGUAUGGCGCUCGUGCCCGAGGAUGCCGACGGUCCCGCCGGGUCGUCCGGACCCAAGCUGGUGCUCGCUCUACGGAAGGAGUAUAGCGUCAUGGACGCUACCACGGGCGCGCUCAGCCCUGCUCUGCUACUGUCCGACCGUGACCAGUUGGAUACCAGCGCUUCUUCCAUGACGUCCAGCAUAUCAGGUCUGGGGGGCGGGGGGUCAUCCAGCCACGGCGUGAUUUUGCCGGUGCCGGCUUCUUCUGCCCGCGGCGCAAGAGUACUCCUUUCAAGCGGCUCCCGAGGGCUACUGGUUGAUCUGGUCGGUCGAGGUCACGAAGAGCGGCUGACGUGGACCGCGCCCCCGCUGUCGGUGUGCUUGUCGACGGCGUUCUUCGUUGCGGCCUUGCCCCGCCAGGUGGAAGUCCACGACCUUGCAAGCCUAGCCCCGCUGCAGACCUUUGAUCUGCCGGGAGCGACGUGCAUGACGACAUGCCCUAUCGGGGGAGGGAGAGGCGACUUGACGUACGUCGCCACGGCAAAUUCUGUGAACCUUCUCAAGCUCAUUCCGAUCGAGUUUCAGGUGGAGACCCUGGCAGAGUCUGGCAGCUACGAGGACGCCUUAAGCUUAUGCGCGAUGUGCAAGGUGAGAUUUGAUGCGUUGGUAUGCACACGUGUGGUUCCGAAAGAACAGUCGGUCACCAGCACCCGUUUCGUUCGCCUUCUUCUUCCCGUCUCCACUCCCACAGGACAUGUCGGUGCUAGGGUCGGUAAACGUCCUGAGCAUCCACGAGCGCUACGCGUACGACCUCUUCUCAUGGGGUGACUACGAGGGCGCGGUCGGGCACUUCCUCGUCGCCGAGACGCCGGUCGACCACGUGCUGUCGCUCUUCCCGUCCUUGGCCCCACCUGACUUCGUCCCACCAGGUGGAAGCCUACAAGGGCCCAAUACUCCGAAGAAAGGUCCGAC